AUGAGCCAGGUGAAUGAGAGCGUCCCACAGGAGUUCAUCCUAGGUUUUUCAGAUCAACCAUGGCUGGAGCUCCUGCUUUUUGUGGUCUUCUUCAUUUCUUACAUUGUGACUAUCUUUGGGGACCUGACCAUCAUUCUAGUGUCACUCCUGGACCCCAAACUCCAUACCAUGUACUUUUUUCUUACCAGUCUGUCGCUCCUGGACCUUUGCUACACCACAAGUAUGGUUCCCCAGAUGUUGGUAAAUUUAUACAGCACCAGGGAAGUGAUUCGUUAUGGCGGCUGUGUGGCCCAGCUCUUCAUGUGUCUAGCCUUGGGGGCCACCGAAUGUCUUCUCUUGGCCGUCAUGUCCUUUGAUAGGUUUGUAGCUAUUUGUCGGCCUCUCCAUUACUCAGCUAUCAUGCACCAAAGGCUCUGCCUUCAGCUGGCAGCUGCAUCCUGGAUUACUGGUUUUAGCAACUCAGUGUGGUUGUCUACCCUGACUCUCCAGCUGCCGCUCUGUGGCCCCCAUGUAGUAGAUCACUUUCUCUGUGAAGUUUCGGCUCUACUCAAGCUGUCCUGUGUAGACACAACAACAAACGAGGCUGAACUGUUCUUUGUAAGUGUGCUGUUCCAUCUGAUACCCCUGACGCUCAUCCUUAUAUCAUAUGCUUUUAUUGCCCAAGCAGUGUUGAGAAUCCAAUCUGCUGAAGGUAGACAAAAAGCAUUUGGCACAUGUGGCUCCCAUCUGAUCGCGGUGUCACUCUUGUAUGGUACAGCUAUCUCCAUGUCUCAACCACCAUCACCCAACUCCAAGGACCGGGGAAAGAUGGUGUCCCUCUUCUAUGGGAUCAUCGCACCCAUGCUGAACCCCGUUAUAUACACACUUAGGAAUAAAGAUGUAAAGGAGGCAUUUAAAAGGUUAGUUGCAAGAGUCUUCUUAGUCAAGAAAUAA